AUGUCUGUCCCUGCGUUCUCCGACAUUGCCAAGCCGGCCAACGAUCUCCUGAACAAGGAUUUCUACCAUCUCUCUGCCACGACCUUCGAGUUCAAGGACACCGCCCCCAACGGUGUUGCUUUCAAGGUUACCGGCAAGUCGAGCCACGAGAAGGCCACCUCUGCUGCUAUUGAGGGAAAAUACACCGACAAGCCUACCGGCCUGACCCUUACCCAGACCUGGAACACCGCUAAUGCUCUCGACACCAAGAUCGAGGUCGCCGACUCCCUCGCCAAGGGCCUCAAGCUCGAGGGUCUCUUCAACUUCCUCCCUGCUACCGCCGCAAAGGGUGCCAAGUUCAACCUCCACUUUAAGCAACCCGGUUUCCACGGCCGUGCCUUCUUCGAUCUCCUCAAGGGCCCUGUUGCCAAUGUCGAUGCCGUUGUCGGCCACGAGGGUUUCCUAGCUGGUGCCUCCGCUGGCUAUGAUGCUAACAAGGCUGCUCUGACCGCCUACAGCGCUGCUGUUGGCUAUGCUGCCCCCCAGUACAGCGCUGCCAUCACCGCUUCUGAUAACCUCAGCGUCUUCGCUGCCUCUUACUAUCACAAGGUCAACUCACAGGUUGAGGCUGGUGCCAAGGCUACCUGGAACUCCAAGACCGGCAACGCUGUCGGCCUUGAGGUUGCUAGCAAGUACCGCAUCGACCCUGUCUCUUUCACCAAGGUCAAGAUCAACGACCGUGGUAUUGCUGCCCUUGCCUACAACGUCCUCCUCCGAGAGGGCGUCACCCUGGGUCUUGGCGGCUCUUUCGACACCCAGAAGCUCGACCAGGCUACCCACAAGCUCGGUGCUAGCUUCACCUUCGAGGGCUAA